AUGACUCCCUCGCAACGCCUCCAAGAAGAAGCCAAACCAUGGCACUUAGUCAAAACUAAGUGGGAGGGCAUCUCUGAGCCUCAUCAGCAGUACUGGUACCAAACCGUUGGCUACAUGCUAGGAGCGUUCCUAGAUAGUGCGGGGUACAGUUAUGAGAGCCAAGUUAGUAUCCUUCAUCACAUUGCAAAUCUUGUUACGCCAUAUUUAGGCGUUGCCCCUUGGUCAGAACUUCCGCGCUGGGAGAGUUUCAUGACCGACGACCAUACUCCCAUCGAACUGAGUUGGGACUUCCACACCGGCGUUGACCAACCCACCAUCCGCUAUUCCAUCGAACCCAUUGGAGCCGAUGCUGGUACCGGUACAAAUCGGUACAACGAGGGAACUGCGGCGGCCUUCAAGCAAGCCCUGUUCAAGGCAUAUCCAGAUAUAGAGACCGCUUUGCUUGACCACUUUGAAGCAUGCUUUAAUGGGAGUUGGGCCGAUAGAAACCCAGAAGGUCACUGUUCGACCUUCUUUUGGGCUUUCGACCUCAACGAGAAAACUAUUACGAAUAAAGCGUACUUCUUCCCCGGCGUUGUGGCGCAUGCAACUCAUCGGUCCAAAUUGAUAGUCAUCGCAGAUGCUAUCACAUCUGCCCCUGGAUGCAGAAUCGGAAUGCAGAUCCCCUUACACAUCUACAGCGACUUUGUAUACCAGCAUCCAGGCUUGGAGCCCGAGAUAGACAUGUUGGCUUUAGACCUAGUUCCUUUAGAAAAGGCCAGGCUUAAGAUCUACUUUCGGGAGAGAAGGACAGACUUUGGCUCCGUCAAGGAGACUAUGUCCCUAGGGGGCCGAAUACAGGGCCCCGAAUUUGAGACGGGUAUGAAGAGGCUGAGGCGGCUUUGGGAUGCUUUAACGGGCAUGCACAAUAAGCCUGACGAUAUCCCCCUCCCUUACAAAGACCACAGAACAGCCGGUAUUCUCUACAACGUCGAGUUUCGCAUGAAUGUAGAAGCCCCAAAAGUCAAGAUUUAUAUUCCUGUACGACAUUAUGCAAAGAAUGAUCAGCAAAUCAUCAAGGUCUUGAAGGAUUUCUUAACGGAACAGGUCGGACAGCGGCAACAUCUUCGAACAGCGUCAGUGAGUGCCGAGUUAUAUUCCAGAUGCCUGGGAAAUUUGUUGUAA